AUGCCCGUUUCAUAUGUAAAGGGCGGUAGAAAUCUCAUAAACUAUAAUAUGUCCAUAGCCCAAUUAACAUCUUACUUACCCGUACCGGCUCUACAACAUGCUGCUUUAGAUUCUGCAUCAAUUGCUGUUCGAAUCCUGCUCCCUCCACCUCCUCCCCGCUUACCCGUGGCAAGGAUAACCCGGCUGGCUAUCGACAACAACCACCCGCCUGUGCCGUCGAGCCCACACUUGUUGGGAACUUCGUCUCCAUGGCUACAAACGACCGACAGCUCCGCUGUUUGGACACAGGCCCCUCUCGAUGAAGAGCCGUCAACUGCCGUCAGACGAAUCCUCCGUGCGCCUGAAGGCACGGGGUCGCGUCAGUGAACAAACCUGUAAGCAGGACCGGGCACGAACCCGGUCAGGCUCGAUUCGCUUCUAUGCCCUUGUUUUCCGCUGUGUAAAUAGAGAAAAUAGAAAGCGCGCCGAGAUACCCCUCGGGAGGUUGCUAACGGCCGGCUAAUGAGCCGGGCCGAGCCCGGCGUUAAAUAAUACUACUACUACUACUACUACUACUACUAUGGAUGCAAAUAUAUUAAUUAAAGAAAAAAGCAUGGCUUCAAG